AUGUCGGGUGCGAACUCCGUGGUGACUGUAUUCCAAAAUUUGUUCUCAAAUCAUGGUUCAACAUUUCUAAAUAUAAUUUUGGUAGUAUCCACUAUCGGUGGCCAGUCGAUCAUUCGGAAGUUGACAUUUGCCUGUCCAUGUUCGUAUCCGCUCAAUAUCUAUCACUCAGCGGUGUUCAUGUUCGGUCCGUCGACCGCUCUAUUUAUAAUAGGAAUUAUGCUGAACACAACUACAUGGAAGAUCGUACAUGGCACGUGUUUCAGGGCGUCAGAAACUCGCCACACGUGUUCGACACUUUUCGCCUCAUGGGUGGAGGUGGUGGCACAAGCACUUCUUGCACCAGCCGCCUGGUUAUUCGUAGUGUUUUUGGACGGUGGUUACUAUCGUUGCCUUUUUGCGCACCAUUACUGCGCAUUCGACACAUCACAUCAUUGUACGAAUGCCACUGUGCUCGAGUAUUAUAAAAGCAGCCCGAAUUUCGACCAGAUGUCAGGACAUGGAGUGUACUGCCCUCCUUGCAUAUGCAACUUGGACGGAUGGGAUGCAUCAAACCUGGAGGCUCAAUCGCAGAUUUACGCUUGGGUCAUUCUAAUAGUAUUUGGCGUCGGCACAUUUCUCGGUUCGUUUCUUUCAUUUCGAAAGAAAUUCAUAAUGAGAGAAAAGUCUUGA